CAUCAUUGUCUUAUCGCCCUGCAUAUACCACUCUUCGCAACCCACCUGUCGCCCUGCGAUUCCGCAACUCUCUUCUCUCUCUCUCUCUCUUCCGCCACCGCCUUUCUCUCGCCUCCCAACACGAAUCAUUUAGUUCUCUCCGUUUCUUUUUAUUUGGAAUUCGGUGCUUCAAUUCAGACUCUCUCUUCCUCCUUCGACAACCCACUUCGCAACCAACGCAACCCACGACAUGGUCAUAUAGCAUCGGUGGCUUCCUCCUUCGAACCUUUACUCUUCCUUUCCCCUCCCCCCAACCCAUGGAGAGAGAGCCAUUGCUCCCCAUAAAAACCACUUCCCCGUCGGCGGCAUCUUCCCCAUCUCUCCCCUCCCACCGCAGGAAACCCUCCCUUCCACCUUCCACUCCCACGUCCUCCUCCUCCUUCGCCCUCUGCCCUCUCCCCGAGGACGGCGAGAUCUCCCUCCCCAUCUCCUCCCCUAGCGCCGCCGCCUCCUCGUCCCUCAAGGACCGCCUCAUCUUCGGCCUUCCCUCCCCCGCUGACCUCCACCACGACGACGACGCCGCCGCUGCCGCUGCCCUACCCCCCUCUUCCCCUCCCGCAUCCCCCAACGCCAUCCCUAUCCCCGGCAGCCCCGGCCCCAAUCCGCUCUCCUCCGCCGCCGCCGAUGCCUGGCUGAGCGACCCCUCUGCCGUGCGAUGGAAGACCAAUCUCCAUCGCUCCCGCACCGCGCCGGCCAUGUCCGCCAUCAACGAGGUCGGCCCCUCCCGGGUCGACUCUCCCGGCCGGCCCUCCAUCAUCGCCCAGGCCUUCCUCCUCCUCGUCGUCUACCUCGCCUUCGGUGUCGCCGUCUACACCUUUAACCGACACCACUUCACCGCCGCUGAGACUCACCCAGUCGUCGACGCUCUCUACUUCUGCAUCGUUACCAUGUGCACCAUUGGCUACGGCGACAUCACCCCCACCACCGCCUCCGCCAAGAUCUUCUCCAUUACCUUCGUCAUCAUCGGCUUCGGAUUCGUUGAUAUCCUCCUCUCCGGAAUGGUGUCCUACGUGCUCGACCUCCAGGAGUCCCUCCUCCUCUCCGCCGUCACCAAGCCGGAGAGGGUCGACGACAAGAAGAAGCACAAGCAGCAACAGCAGCAGCAGCAGGACCACCACCACCACCGGCACGAAAUCGCCCGGAACUACAUCAUCGACGUCAAGAAGGGGCGGAUGCGGAUUCGGAUGAAGGUCGCCCUUGCCCUCGGUGUCGUCCUUCUCUGCAUCGGCCUUGGCACCGGCGUGCUCCGCUUCGUCGAGCGUCUCGGAUGGCUCGACUCCUUCUACCUCUCUGUGAUGUCGGUCACCACGGUCGGCUACGGGGAUCGAGCGUUCAAGACGAUGCCGGGUAGGCUGUUUGCGUCGCUGUGGCUCCUUGUCUCCACGCUCGCCGUUGCGCGUGCUUUCCUCUACCUUGCUGAGGCAAGGAUCGAUAAGAGGCAUAGGAAGAUAGCAAAAUGGGUGCUCUCCAGGGACAUGACUGUCUCGGAAUUCCUUGCAGCUGAUAUCGACAACAACGGCUUUGUCACUAAAUCAGAGUUUGUAAUUUACAAGCUCAAGGAGAUGGAGAAGGUAACAGAGACGGAUAUCAUGCUGAUAUGCAAUCAGUUUGAUAAACUAGACACUGGAAAAUGUGGAAAGAUCACGCUUUCAGAUCUCAUGAGUCAUCACUGACAUAUUCAUGCAAUUAAAGUCAGUUGUUAUAGAUACAAAUUUGCUGGGUUGACCGCUGCAAGGAAAACAAUUUCAGAAUUUGAUCCACGGGAUUCCAAAGAUGCAAGCGGAUUCAGCUUUAGGUGGGAGAGAACUAUGGAUUGCAGUUCGUGUGUAUCGCGUAUUACUACUACUUUUAUGCCACCCGAUAGGGUAAUCAGGGCAGCAGCUGAAACAUGCACAUUGUCUUAAAGACUCUGCAACCAGCAAUUGAUUGCUCGUUCCUUUUAGGUUCUGUUAUACUCGUAUACACAAUCCAUGUAUUUUUCAUCCAUGUAUUGUGAUCAUUCUUUAAAUUGGAUUAGAAGUUACAAGUAGUAGACAUUUAAUGCU